AUUUACGGUCCGAUUUGUUACGAGACGUUUCAUUUGGGAAUACGAUCCAACACUAGAAAUGAUUUACAGACAUCGAGGAUUCUUCCCAGAGGAGAUAGCACCUGUAGAUUUUGAAAUCUUGGACACAGCUGGUCAGGAAGACAAGACUGAAGAGAAGAUGAGAUGGGCCGAUGCCUUUAUAAUCAUGUACUCCAUUGCAGACCGGUGUAGUUUCGAUGAGGUCAUGCGUCUUAAAUUCCUCUGUUCAAGGGCGACGUCGAAACGAUCCUACGAACCCGCCAUCCUCAUCGUUGGGAACAAGCGCGAUCUCGAAUACGACCGUAUCGUUGAGUUCGAUGAGGGAGAGGAUCUCGCCCGGAGUCUCGGUUGUGCAUUCCUUGAAGUAUCAGUGCGUGAGUCUUACGACGAAGUCUACGGUGCCUUCGAAAAGCUCAUGAGUGAGUACCGAGUACGGAAGCGUACCGGCCCAUCGACGAUGACGCAAAAGUUUUCUUUGCGGAAAAAGAACAGUGUUUCCAAGAUGGACCUAGACAAUUGCCCGCCUCGGCCGAGAGAACGGUCGACCAGUUUUGUGACUCCCAUGGGAUUAAUGAAUCGAAAAUUUGAACAUUCGGUAAUGGAUAAUCUUUCUGAUAACGAAGCGGUAGAAUGACCGGUAACCGCUUCUAUUAACAAUGAAUUUACCGCAGUCUGUGAGCUGUAACAGCACAAUUAGGCGUUGAACGCUAAUGAUCUCAAGAUUACUAGAAUGCAUGGUCAGAAGUACAAACACCGGGAGAGAUGCCACUCCCGACCUUUCGUUGGAGAACGCGAACGCUUAUUUGCGACGGUGGUUGAUUUUGGAAGAGACUUUUGAGCCCGUCGUCAUGGUCGUAAAAACUCUGUCCUGCAAUGCAAAUUGUGUGACAUGAGAUUUUUUUUUCGUUUCGCAUCUGGAACGGAAACAUUCAAUCUGCGUUUCGUGUGCAAAAUUCUGGUUGCUACUAUGGUAACAGCGAUAUAUCCGAUUUAGGAGGACUUUCCAAAGCCACAUUUUGGUUCCUCCAAGAGCUCGAGAGGCCGCCCGGGGUUCCACUUCCAUUGAAGAGUGGAUACCAGGCGCGACCACGCGUAAAAGGGAAAGAGUGGGCAAGUACGUUACGUAUAGGCCUAUGUAACGUUAUAAGGGUGUCAAAAACGAUGUUUAAAAUACUGAAAAAGGAGGAUAUGUUUUCAAUACUUGUAGGGUUUCACAAGCUAAAUACUUGUUAAGAGAUGCAUUUUCAUAAUCUGGAAAAGCCUUGCUUCCCUUGUUUAGGGUGCUUUUCAAAACCGCAUGGUCGUGCCUGGUGGAUGGUGGAUGGAUGGUGGAAUUUAUAUAGAAUUUAUAUCAGGACAUUGGGCAGCAUGGGUUUAAUUCGGACUAGUUGUAUUUGAAUCCAUAAAUUGGCAAGCAAUCGGUAUUGUAUUCUUUUAUUUUGGUGAUGAUAUCACUAUUGAAUACUUAAAUUAUUAUUGAUGAGUGGAUAAUCAUCAAUGGGAGUGGUCCCCCCGGGAAUUCGAAUCUAUUCCCCCAUUUCUGGGGAAAGUAAAGCAUAAUGCCCAUGUGUUCUAGAGGCAUAUCGUUUGUGUAGAAAAAAAACCCGCACGUAUACAUGCUGAGUACAUAAUCAAAGCAUGCGAAAUGGUUUCGGCUGGAGAGGUGAUUUGACCCAUGGAAUCAAUUGCCAGAAAUCCACCAAUAAUCCACAUUAAAUGCAAUAUCGAUUCGAUGGACUGUAAUGAUCUAUAUCUAAGCCUUAAUUCAGUAACUUUUUCCUCACUCAAUAUGUACUCGAUUUGUUUGAAAAACCACUUUCUUAUCCAUGUCAUAAUCUAUUUUAGGUCCUGCAUUUCGAAUAUCUCCAGCCAUCAGUCGUAAUGUACAUGCAUGUAUGGUGCGGGUGUCGCGGGAAAGAAUUUUGCACACGAAAAGCAGAUCUGUAGGGCCUGUAACCCCCCUGUAACACAAAGCUUAGCAUUGAUUGUAGAGCAGUUUUCUACGUUUGAUUCUAUUGACUAUAAUGUACAAUCAAACUUAAAAAUCAAGUGUAUGGUUAAGCGUUAACUUUUGUGUUAGGGGACCCUAAUAUCAGCGUCCGUGAGGAUUGCGAAAGGUGGCAACUAUGAGGGACUUGACGGGAAAGUUCCUUAGACCGCUAGAUACUACAAUAUUAUGAAACAUACCGACGCUUCUCUAACUUGCCUGCGGGGAAUUUGCACUAGAUAAAUUGCGGCAACUUUCCUGCCCUGGAUUUGUAACGUAAAGUUCCUAUUGUAAACUGUUUUCAAUAUGUUAAUUGCCUUUGACAUUAUCUGUUGUAAGUGUCCUUCGUUUAGAAUCACAUUGUUUGACGAAAGGGACUAAAUUACUUACUUUUUAAUCUUAUUCCUAAUCGAAGAAAUUAAGAUGACUUAUGAUCUAUUUAUUUUGCAGUCGGGGUUUAACUUUAGAACUAUGGUCUAAGUCUGCACUAAACCUAUGGGAGCAAUGUUUUAUAUACAUAGCAAUGUUUUCCCGGCUUUCAGCCAGGAGCCCCGCUUUUAGUGGGGAAUUUGUUUACGUUGGAAUGCUUCUUGUGUUUAAUUCCCAUGUUUCAAUGGUGAAAAAUAUUUAUUUAUCAUUUAAAGGCAAUUUCUAAUGAUCGGAAUGCCAAAUGUCAGUGUAGAUUUGUCAUCUAAUUGUAGAAAUUGAUGUCCCAUGUGUCUACCCAUAAUUAACCAUACUACGCCGGGUAUUUAAGGAUAUCAACCCUUGACAUCUCAGACGUUGACCACGUGAUCGCGCCGAAUAUUGACAUGCACUUUCCCUUGGAAAAAGCAAAAUUGUAUAGCUAUUAUUACAUGAAAAUUGAUAUAAACGCGAUAUCAGAUAGAUUUCUUAUGUAUUUUGCAAUUUCAUGUAUUUCUUUUAUUCGACCCUUUUAAUUGUUUUUCGAUGAAAUUGGUCGUUGAUAUGCGAUCAUAAACAGCAUUAAAUCAAGUAAUUUGAAUCAGUAAAAGCAAUAGUUUUCAUACAUUUGUGAUAAUAGGCUGAAAACUCUAUAUGGUAUUGGAAUUGUACGCAAAAUCAAUUUUUUGAGCAAUUUUUGGUCAGACUUGUAUAUAUAAAAUUAAUUUAUAUCUUCGGAACAGCUAGCCUGGGGGUCGCAAAUGUGGUCUUAAUAUGUGGAAUACUUGAAAUAACAGUCACAUCGGGAGGGGGGGGGGUCCCAACACCCAGCCCCCCCCCCACGCCGCCAACACCUCCGGCCUAAUUAGGGUUAACUCACAACUUUUUACCAUUCAGAAUAUGGCCCAUGAGUCAAAGUUGAAAAUUUAAUCCAUCUGGCGCCUUCAGUUUGAUUUCAACAUGAUAAUUUGAAAAUAAUUUCAAUGGGCAUUGUUUUCAAUCAAUAGGCUAUUGUGCUGUUUAAUUCCAUGGAUUACUGAGCGCUUAGAAACACCUGUAUUAAUCGCCCUACAAAUGUAAUUAUUAUUAUCAUUAUAACCGACCGAAUUAUUAUCAGCAUUGUUCAGUACAUACUGUUGUUUAUUCGUCCCGUCUCAUGUUCUCGCAUCUGUUUCAUAUCAUUUUUCUUUCGAUAAAUCCCUACAAUAAUCCUUUGGAAUUAUAAGAACAUUCUCCGAAGUUUUAGAUCAUAUCUAAAAUACAUUAUUACCAUACAAGUGAAUACUGUGGUUCUAUUCAUUUGUGGUAAUAAGAUGAAUAAUGGUUUUUCCUCAAAGAAGAUUUGAUGCUCAGGAGAGGCUAUAUUUGGUCCAGGUUCAUGGUCUUCCUGUAAUUUUCUCUGUGACUAUUUGCUACGACUCUACGAUUAUACAAUGUACGUAGGGUAGUAACUUUUUAGGCUUUUACAUGUAAUAUAAUUUUUGAGAAAUUAUUCAAUUUAAUAUCACAAU